GUCAGACGACGAUCAAGUGUCACUUGUUCACAUUGCCACACUUUCAAACACGUUAGUGUUAUUUGUAGCCGUAGAAAACUGCCAUGGAGCACAUAAAGGAUGGGUGGUUUACGGAGUCGUGCGCGCUGUGGCCAGGCCAGGCGAUGAGCCUCCAGGUGGAGGAGGUCCUCUACCAAAAGAAAUCCGGGUUUCAAGACAUUAUGGUUUUCAAGAGUAAAACCUAUGGGAACGUCUUGGUGCUGGAUGGAGUGAUCCAGUGCACAGAGAGAGAUGAGUUCGCCUACCAGGAGAUGAUUGCAAACCUCCCACUGUGCAGCCACCCUUGCCCCAAGAAGGUGCUGAUUAUCGGCGGUGGAGAUGGCGGAGUGCUGAGAGAAGUGGUGAAGAGUCCACUCGUGGAGUCGGUGGUUCUGUGUGAGAUCGACGAGGAAGUUAUUAAUGCAUCAAAGAAGUUCCUCCCAGGGAUGGCCAAAGGGUUUUACAGUCCCAAGCUCAUCCUCCAUAUUGGAGACGGCUUUGAAUUCAUGAAGAAGAACCAGGAUGCCUUCGACAUCAUUAUAACCGAUUCCUCAGACCCUGUUGGACCUGCUGAGAGUUUGUUCAAGGAGUCUUACUAUCAACUGAUGAAGACAGCGUUGAGAAACGGUGGCAUUCUAUGUUCCCAGGGAGAGUGUCAAUGGCUCCAUCUGGAGCUGAUAAAGGAGAUGCGAACCUUCUGCAAGACCCUAUUCCCUGUGGUGGACUAUGCCUACAGCACCAUCCCAACUUAUCCCAGUGGCCAAAUUGGAUUCAUGCUCUGUAGUAAAAAUCCCGAAACAAAUUUCUUGGAUCCAAUGAGAGCGCUGUCAAAAGAAGAAAUGGAAUGUAUGAACCUUAAAUAUUACAACCCUGAAAUUCACAAAGCAUCAUUCGUCCUGCCUGAGUUUGCAAAGAAGGUACUCAAUGAAGCAUGACCAGCAACAAAGGCCCAUGUUCAUCCUCUACCUGGCCCUCAGACCACAUAAGUACAACCCUCUAAGGCUUCUUCUCCUCAACACGGUUCAGCACCACUGACGAGGGUCGCCUCCUUAAGAUUUUAUGGAUGGGGCACCUAAUAUGAAAAAUAAUAAUAAUCAGUGGGCAGGAACUUGCUGAGUUAUACAGGGAGAAGUGUUAGUUGUUUCCUUCCUUCCAGUCUUACACGCUCUUGGUGUUUUUAUUUAUUUUACUGAUGUAUUUGGUUUUUCCUUUUUACUCUUAAUUGUUUUAUCAGCAUUUUGUGAAGAGCAAUUUAUCGGCUCCGGGUUGAAUGGGGAGAGCGUUGCCGUCAAACCUGACCUCAAUCUGAAACCGUGUACUGUCUAUCGGAUUCACUGCAUCCACACCUUAUGUAAUUCAUUACCAUACCACAGUACAUGUUGAUGUACUUUUAUUUGUAAUGUUUAUUAUCAGUUUGUGCUCAUGAGAAAACGCACAAUCGCCAUCUAUCAUGAUAUUCACAAUACUAAUGUGUCCUCUACACAAAAACCCUAUAGUGCCUGAAAUUGGUCGUUUGUUGUUGGUAGGGGGAAAAGACUUGCUCUGUAUCGAAGUGUACCAGGCACACAGUGGCCUAGAAGAAAGCUCAUGUGUCCCUUAUCACCAACACCAGUAAGAUUAUAUACAUUUGCUCAGCUUUGACCAUCAAUUAUAACAGUGUUAAAAUGAAAAUUGUCAAAAGAAAUUAGAUAUGGCGUUGGAGUUUUGCAAUGCGAAAAAAAUGUAAUUGAGGUGUGAAUUAAUUAUGCAAUUAUAAACUUGCAGUAUUAUAGAGGGCUUGUAUUGUAGUAAGCCUGUAUGCUGAGUCAUUGGAUGGUCAAAAUUUCAGUCAUACGUAUUAGCGCAAGUCCACAUGGAAUCUGUUGAGAAAUAUCUGAUCAAUGAAUUUGUGAUUUAUUUUUUUUAAGUACUGUAAUAAAUUGGUAACAUAAAAUGGUU